AUGCCUUCUACCUAUCUAAAACCUUGCUUCUCUGCGAGGAGCAAGUGCGGACUUCAGAUCGCCGAUAGCAGUAGCAGCAGCAGCAGCAAGCACAGUGUAGGAUUUCUCCGAAUUGAGCGCAAUGUGACCAGGACAACGAAAGCCACGGCGGCUCUGGGAAAACGGAUGAUGGGGCCGGGAAGGGCAUGGGCCAGAUUCUACUAUGAAGAGCUCCCACAUCUUUCGAAAAAGAUCGUGGUACCCCCCGAGGAUGAGGACGAUCCAACCGAUUACAGUGCGGCAAUCAUGCAGCAAUACAGAUACAUGCGGGGAGAGUUCCGUACCGGCAUCGAGGGCCUCAAGGGGUGCACUUCUCUGUACAUUAUCAGCCGCAAAGCUGUGUAUGCGACACACUGGUGGGAGGAUAUCUCCUUCAACCCGUCCGCGUAUUGGGCUGCAUAUGACGAUGACGAGUUAUUCCAGUUUACCGUCACCGACAUGUUACGGGAUGGAGGGAAAUUCCACGCCCCCCUCGACGCUAAUAAGAUCGUGGACGACUAUAUUAAAGUCUACCACAUCCGCUCAAACGCGGUCUAUAGGCAAUUGAUAAAUAUGGGUGGAAAUGAGCUGGGUUACAGUGAACAGUGGGAUCAGACUAAAGCCACGGUCGGCGAGCUGGUGCCCAAGCUUAUAGGCCCUGCGCGCUGGAGAGAUGUUGAGUACUAUUCGGCGGACAACAAUAAAGUGCACGAUAGUAAAACGUUAGACAGAGGAAAUAACCUCUUCAAAUAUGACAAAACUCAUGUUAUAGGCGAGGGUUAG